UGUGGACGCUCGCAAAGGACAAAGUCUGGAGGCAGCACGCCGUGUGACGGACGAGAAUCUGGCGUCGCGGUCCUUCAUGGACACCAGUCUGAAGCCACUGGCUCGCCUCUUCAUUGAGCUGAUAUCACCUGAAGACGCGGGCGAGUACGGCUGUCGGGUGGACUUUCGCAAGGAGCGCACUCGAAACUCAAUCGUCUACGUCAAAGUCAUCAUUCCACCGGAGAAGCCUCAAAUAACAGACACGAAUGGCGAGCAGUUGCCGUCCGUCAUCGGGCCGUACACCGAGGGCGACCGCCUGUCGCUGGUGUGCGAGGUGGAGGGCGGCAAGCCGACGCCUGCCGUCACCUGGUGGCGAGAGUCGGUCCUCCUCGAUGACAGCUACGAGGCCAUCAGCGGCCCGAAGAACGUCGUCCUCGUGCGCAACCAGCUGACCAUUGGCGCACUGUCGAGGGACCACCAAAUGGCCAGCUUCACGUGCCAAGCAUCUAACAACAACCAGUCGCAGCCGCUCUCCACCACUGUCAGCAUUGAACUAUACU